AUGGAUGGCGGCGACGCAGCCGGCGAAGGCGGUGGAGCUGAGGUUUUGGAGUUGGAUUUGGCGCCAGAUGGUGAAGCUGGUGGUCCUCUCCAGAACGCCGCGGCUGCGGGCGAAGUGCGAGUUGAUGAAGCAGUUUUGGAGCCUGCUUACGAUGGCCGGCCGGGGACGGGACUUCAAGGUGAGGCGCACGGAAGCCACGGAAGCCAAGGUGGUACGGUGAGCCGUGAUGGCGAGCUUGUGCCACCCUCUGGCGGGCAGCGACCUGUGCUUGAGGUUCCGGAACCGUCCGGGGCGGGUGAUCCGCAUGCGAGAAAUGAGGACGCUACUGGAGUUGUAGAAGAUGUGAGGAAUCGUCCUUCGAGAACCUCUUCGGUGGAGCGCAGAACUGAAGAUGUGUCGACUAUUUCUCGCUCGUUGAACUACAUGACCGGUCUGCUUUCGACGUUGGUGAGUCGGAUGGACAGGGUGGAGCAAUGGCAGUCUGCUAGCGGCUCUCUGCCGGGACAGCAGGCGCACAGCGUGGAUGGUGACACGGGAACUCCUGUGGCUACAACCCCUGCGACGGCCACCUCUGGCAGACCUGGCGGAAUGGGCUGGGUGGACUCAGAGCGUCUGAGUAGACACCUGGCUCAGCUAAGCGUGGGAGAAGGAGGAUCAGAGAUGCCGAGUGCGAUGCUCAGCAUGAGGCCUCUCAGUUCGACGGCAAGGAUCCUGGAAGGAACUUUCAGCAGUGACAGCAGCACCACUGCGAUGAGGAGGGCUGAGGAAGCCCGUCGAGGGGUUCCUGGGGCACUACUGGGACCGCUGGCUCUUGCGAAUCAACCUUUUGGGGUGACUUCAGAAGCAAUGGAGGUGGACUCUGGUCCGGCCGCCGACAAUGUGGACCUCACAGUGGGGCUCAGGGGAAGUGGCUACUUCGUCGCCGCCUCGACCGCUGGGUCCUCCCACGACUUUGUCGCCUCAGCGAACGUCUGGGCCUCGGAGUAUGACCUCGCCGCCAGGAAUGUCAGGGCCUCUGGGUAUGACUUCGCCUCCAGGAAUGUCGGGGUCUCUGAGUAUGCCUCCUUCCCAAAGUUUGAUGGAUUCUUCGAGGAACUCCCAGGGGGAUUCGCGUUCUAUGUCAAGAAACCUGAGGGCUAUGGAAUCUCCGAGUAUGUGGCCGGAGCCACGGCGAUUCCGACCACCACCUGGGAAGAGGAGGAGACUCUUCGGUUGUUUCGUGAAGCCGGGGAUCUUGGGAGAUAUGUUGGGAGUUGUGGAAGGGAAGCGACCCAGGGCUCUCCGGUUUCGGUGUCUGGUUUGCUUCCGCCGUCUUCGCAGCCUACUACCUCUGCGCCUUGCAUGCAGCUCACGGGCCAGGUUAUUGGGGCUCCUUCUACAGGGCUAGCUUGUGUACGUGGACAGUGGCUGCCGUACUCCAUGGUGCAAGGGCAGAUGGUGGUGCAAUUCGAGCCGGAGGGUGUGAGGAAUGUGACAGCUGCGACUACAGUGAAUGCUACUACCGAGAGCUGUAGUAUCCCACCUCCGCCUCCACCUUUACCUCCCCCUGGGACGCCGAGGAUUGGAACCAGUGGAGGAUCAUCUUCUACGCCAGGUGGGACUCCGAUUCCGCCUUGGUCUCCAGCGACGAGUGCACCUGCUCCUCCUGAUCACCCGCCGGCUACUUCUAUGGCAGCUUCGGCGAAUGAUGCAGGCUUGAGCGAGGAGCCCUCGAAGCUAGUGACAAAGCUUCCUUCGCUGGCGAGUGCGAGGGGAGGAGAUGCUGCGGUGAUUGCUGGGGAUUGGUUGGCUCAGCUGGAGCCUUCGAUGUCUUCGUUGAGUACCAGCGCGGUACUUUGGUGGAAGCAACUGAUGGAGAGAGUGAAGGGCCUCUACUCUACGUGGUUGGAGAGUGCCCCGGUCACUCGGCUGUCGCUGAGGCAGUCGGUCCUCAGCCAGAGGCCGGCUCAGGAUCGCUAUCAGCGUGUGGAGCAGAGGGCAGCGGUUUUGCUGUUGGAGAGCCUUCCAGAAGAACUUCGGCACGAGGUGGUGUCGGUCCGGGCAGUGACGGUUGAGGCGAUGAUCUUCUUGGUCCAUUGCGCCUACCAACCUGGAGGCGCUGGCGAGAAGGCGCACCUGCUGCAGUUCUUGACGUCGCCGGAGGUGGGGUCAGGAUUGGAAGGGACUCUUCAGUUGGCGAGGAAGUGGGUGCGACUUCUACGAAGAGGGACUGAGUUGCAGCUCGUUUUGCCUGACCCGCAGCUUGACUUCAAGGCCACACUCAGGGAUGCCGAGGACUUCGCCUAUUUGGUGGUUGGCGAGUUGGAGGCGGCUUUGCUGGCUCAGCCUUUACCGGCUCCCCCGAAGGUGGCGCGCAUGGAAGAGGGAAAGGGCUCCGAUGAUGGACCAAAGGGCAAAGGAAAAGGCAAGCAGCAGAAGCCGUGUUGGGCUUGGCAAGACGGCAGUGGAUGCAAGUUUGGCAGCCGCUGCAUGUUCCAGCAUGCGGCUCUUGGUCCUGGAAGAUGCUGGGAGUGCGGAGCGGAGGGCCAUCUGAAGCCGCAGUGCCCGAUCCUCGGUCAAGGGGGGAAUGCUUCUGGUGGCGGUGGUGGUGUCGGAAAUCAAAAUUCGUCGUCUCAGUCUGGCCAAGCGAGUGGAAAGGGUACUGGAGGAGCUGCUUCUGGGGCUCCGUCUUCUUCGGCGGCAACUUCGGGGUCUGCGAACGCUGAGGAGAAGCCGAGGAAGAACAAGAAGAAGGGCGGUGGGAAAGACAAAGGUGCCAAACAAGAUGCGGUGCGGAAGGCUGAGGAGGAAGCUGGCACUGAGGAUCAGAAUCGUUCUGCCGCUGCUCCACCAGUGCAGGAGGACACCGCAGCGCGGAGUGAGUUCUUUGAGGAGGCGACAAAGGCACUGAAGUCUUUGCGGCUGGCCAAGCUGACGGUGAGAUCCUUGCAGGGCUCUUUUGGAAGCGGUGGCAGGGCCCUGGUCGAUUCUGGGGCAACGACUUCUAUGAGGACGGCUCGCCCGAAUGAGGUUCGGGGACUACCGCUUCGCAAGGUCUCGCUGGCGGAAGGGGAGACCACCUUUUAUCAGCUUCCAGGAGGUACUCUCCUAACUACCAAGGAGGUUGCCCCGAUCGUGGCGAUGAGCGACUUGAUGGAGAUUGGCUGCCGUGUGACCUGGUGCAGUGAUGAAGGGUGUAAGGUGGUUCAUCCAGUUCGGGGUGAUCUUGGAGCUCGGGUGAUCAAUGGAUGUCCAGAGGUGGAUGAGCAGGUCGGCUUGGAGCUGAUCGCGGAAGCGGAGCAAGUCAAGUUGAGAAGGCGUGAAGCUGAGCUGGCGGUCAAUCGGCUCGUGGAGGGAACGGAGAAGCUCCGGCUUGGAGCUUGGAAGCUGGAUUGGGAGUUUGGGGCGAAGGCUGUGAAGGAUCUUCGCAAUGGUGUGGGUCUGUCGUGGGCCUGGCUACAUCAGAUGUUUCCUGAGGCGCCGUCGUGGUUGGUGUCGGCGAUCCCGGUUGUGGCCGGAACUGAUGGCGACAGUGUGCCGUGGAACCGACAUGAGCGCAAGCGGUGGAGGAGGGCUUCGGCGGUCGCGGUCCAUCUCUUUUGUGGUCGUGAUCGAUCUACGUGGAAGUCUCGAGCUGAAGCGGCUCAUGUGGUGACGGUGGACCGGGCGGAGGAUCUCAUGUCGGACCCCACCUAUGCGGCUCUGUUGGAGUUGGCCCUGUCUGGAAAGGUUAAGACGGUCUUCGGUGGACCGCCGCCCCGUACCUUCAUGGCUCCUGGCGGUGUUGCGGGAGUGGGAGAAGGACCUCGACCUCUACGGGAUCGCGAUGGAAAGGGUCGGUGGGGUCGUGAUGGCCUCAGUGAGUGGGAGACCUGGCGUGUGAAGCAGGAUACCGUGAUGAUCUUCAGGAUGGUUUUCCUGUGGAUGGUGGCUACCGCUACCGCGAGGGCCAAUGGUGAGCGGGAUGCGGAUUUCAUGUUGGAGCACCCGGAGGACUCCCAGGAGGUCUUGAAGGAUGGCGGCCUCCCUUCGUUGUGGGCGUUUCCGGAGAUCCAGUUCUUGAAGGAUGAAAUGAAAUGGUUCUGGUGGAAGUUCGACCAGGGUCCUCUCGGGCAUCCUCGAAGGAAGCCUACACGUGUUCUGGGAUCGGUGCAGUGCCCUCGCGAACUGCGUGAUGUUCGGGGACCGUCUACGGUGUCCGAGGAGGAGCGGGGCCAUGAUGGCGAUGGGUUUCGUUCAGUGACGUGGGCGGACUGGGCUCCGGGCUUAAAGCAAGCGAUGAAGCGCGUGGUGGAGGAGAGCCUGGCAGGGUCCGCUUUGGAGUCCAUUAUGAAGAUGGACCAGUCCUUCUUGGAGCACCUUCAGAGGGACCACAUGCCGUUUCGGCGAGACUGCAAGGCGUGCUUAGCAGGCCACUUCCGGGGACACGUUCAUCGUCGUGUGGUGGCUCCGGAUGCUUGGACCUUGAGUCUGGAUCUUGUGGGACCAACCAGACAAGGCUCCGAUGAGUAUGUUCGGAAGAUUCGCUAUGGGCUUGUUGGGGUUCUGGUUGUCCCGGAUGCCCUCGGCAAGAUCCUUCAGCCUUCGGACCCAGAUGGUGAGGAUGAAGGUGCCGGAGUGGGACUGGAUCCAGUUUGUGAUGAGGAGGCCCCUGAGGAGGGCGACGGGGAUGCGGCGGAUUCUCCAGUGGAAAAGGAAAGGAGCGAGCGGGAAAUGGCGAAGUGGAAGGCGCGCGUGGACAAGGAGAAGCUCCCUUGUCGACGUGUUGGCCCUUAA